AAUUCUUUGAUGGGUUCGUCUGCUUCCCAAUAAUUGACUCUCUGUCGAUUGUCGUGAAGGAAAAUGAUACCUUAAAAAAAAAAAAUCCAAUCAAUUUUGAUUGCCAAUCUUUCACGCAUUGUUCUUGGAUGUGGGUUGCCCCAAAUCGCGACCCACCCAAGAUUGAUACCUCUUCAGUUGAGCUCAACUGGGUAUCUGUCAAUUUCAAUAAUCGGGAGCAGAAAUGCUGAGAAUUGGGACUGUUGGGUUUCUCUGGGUAUGGAGGAUUCUUGUUCUUCUGCAAUUGUCAAGUGGGAUCCUUGGUUGGGGAAGAGAAGGCCACUAUGCUACUUGCAGGAUAGCAGAGGAGUAUCUCACUAAAGAAGCGAAGGCUGCGGUGAAAGAAUUGCUCCCCAAUUCAGCUGGGGGCGAUCUCGCUUCCGUCUGCUCGUGGGCUGAUGAAAUUCGUCAUAGCUACCACUGGCACUGGACUGGUCCAUUGCACUAUGUUGACACGCCUGAUUUCAAGUGCAAUUACGAUUACUGCAGGGAUUGCCACGAUCUUGCUGGAAACAAGGAUCGGUGUGUGACUGGAGCAAUCUACAACUACACAAAACAGCUUAUGGAAUUCGAUCGCGGCAGUUAUUCUGCUGCAACAUAUAACUUGACUGAGGCGCUAAUGUUCUUGUCCCAUUUUGUUGGGGAUGUUCAUCAGCCCCUGCAUGUCGGUUUCACAGGAGAUGAAGGCGGAAACACAAUAAUUGUCCGUUGGUACCGCAGGAAAACAAAUCUUCACCAUGUCUGGGACAAUAUGAUCAUAGAUUCCGCCUUGAAAACAUUCUACCAGUCUGAUCUCACUAACAUGAUUGAAGCCAUCCAGAGGAACAUCACGGAUGGAUGGUCUAACGAUGCAUCGUCUUGGGGGAACUGUGCAUCUAAUCAAACAGCUUGCCCAGACCCUUAUGCUGCUGAAAGUAUCAAGUUAGCCUGCAAAUUCGCAUACAGAAGUGCCACCCCGGGAAGCACUUUGGAAGACGACUACUUCCUCUCACGGUUACCUGUGGUGGAGCAAAGGCUAGCCCAAGGUGGGGUCCGCUUAGCCGCUACACUCAAUCGCAUCUUUGCUUCUGGCGAUAGAGUUGCGGCUGCAUGAAAUUCUCAAGAGAAGGAUAAGGUAACUAUAUAGAAGAUCCCGAGUUCAUCGAUGGUCAUCAUCUUCGUGUUGUACUCUUGAAGUGCAAGGAAGAAAUACUAAUUAAUGCAGUUUAUGGGUAGGGAGAUGUUCAUAUUUUAUGGCUGAUGCUGUCAAAUAUUCCAGAAUAUGCCCCUACCACCUGCCUUUCCUUGUGUAAAUUGUCAACUUCGGGGUCACACAAACAGUUAGGGGGGUGGCCUUGCUUGCAAGCAAUGGAAACCCUUACCCUUCACCUGAUCCUUACACUGCACCCCUUGUAUAUAUAUUUGUGUUUGUUAAUGUAUGUGGAAUCAAAUUUGGGAAACCUCCCAAAAAG